AUCGAUUCAGUUGUGCGGUGCAUUUCCACCAGUUGACAUCAGCUUUCUGGCUUCUGGCUAGGGAAAACCGAUAGUUUAGUUAUUUGGCCGGUGGCUCCAGAGAGUGAGCUUUGUGAAGAGUUCUUCCUCAGUCUCGGGACUAGGAAUUAGUGAUCCUCAGUUCGGUUGAUCGAGGAAUUCGUGUUAAGAUCUCCUCGAGACCAGAAUUCUGUGGUAGAUAUGUUUAUUUGGUAGUCAAACCCUGACUGAGGGUUAGAUUGGUGUUGAUUGUUCAAAAAAUUGACGUGUGCUGUGUGAAUAGCAGAGGAAUUCAUCUACUCAACCGUUAAAAGAAACGUAUUUUUGUUGGUGUAAAGUGUGACUAUUUUUUGUCAGUGUACAGUACGAUCUCAAAAUCGUAACCGGAAAAAAUAAAUCUGUGGAAAUCCGUUAAAGUUGAACUGAACUGCCAAGUGUGCGGAAAGUGAUCGUUUAAAUGGAAGUGAAGUGGAAGUUGAUUGUGGAAGGUGCCCUGAGAAGUCAUCUCCAGCGAGGCGGCAAGUAAACGAAGUCAAUGAAGAAGUAUCUCACCACUACGGGCGGCUGCGGCCACAACGGCCGUUUCCGGUUGAUGCGGAUGCGGUCGGAUUUCUCUUCCGGUGGGUUGAAGUGGCCAUUGACGGUGGUGAUGGCAGGGUUGGCUUUGGCCAUUUCCAUUGGGACCGUCAGUGGCAUUCCGACCUCGGUUAUGGUCAACACUAAGGAAACGAACCAAGGGCACCAUUCCCCGGAUCAGCCGGAAUUGCCAGUCCCGGUCGCAGUCUCGGCAUCGGUCCAUCAGUCACCGUCGUCGUCAGCGUCGUUCCCGGUCAGCGACGUCGUUUCUGCUGCUUCUGCUCAAGGCUCCGAGCGCCAAAAUCAAAUAUCCAUUCCCCAGAAGCGAGGAGUUAAUCCGCUGCUGUACAACGACCUGGUGGACUAUUCGGGCAAUUCCAUUCCCAAUGGGGGCGUGUGGGAUGACCUGGAUGUUGGUGGUCCAAUGUCGUCAUCUUCGUUUCGUGGCGGCGUGGAACCUUCACGGUUGAGGAACUACGACCUGUUGGCUAGUUUGUUGGCCGGGCCGGGUCCAUCGUCCCAUCAGCAGCAACCGCAAACGUUCUACAACGAUCCGGUGGCCGUUCCAUCGGCCUACGGGAACUUGCCGUACCUGUUCCAGCCGGAGUUGUCGAUGGUGGCCGGUGACCGGGCCAAGCGGAUGACCAGCAGACCAGGCGGAAAGAACCAUCUGCGGUCUGCGAUGAGACUGAAACGCAGCCCUGCUAGAAUGACUGCAGCCGACGCUCUGUCCCUGCUGGCCCUGCUCGAGUCCCGGGAUCCCUACGGUUCGGCGGCCCUGGAUCUGGCCCCGGCCAACGGUCCCAACGAUGUGCUACCCCCGCCCUUCUCACCCAACUCCGUCUACCAGGAGGAUCGGGAGCUGCCGCUGUCGGUGGCGUUGGCCCAAUUGGCUGGCGCAGUUGGCAGAGGAGCAACAGAUGAUUUCAGCAACUCCCCGCUGGCCUCGCUCCCUGCUGCUGCCGGCACCUAUGGCGACGAAGACGGCGAGUGGAUGAACACGUGGACCGAACCAGCCGUCGACUAUCUCGGUUUCCCGUUGGACGUUGACACACUUUCCCGGCUGGACGGCUUUGGUUCCGGUUCCGCCAGCAGUGGCCACCCUUCCAAGAACAGUGGAUACCUUCAGCAGAAGCGCUUCCUGAUGACAAAACGCAAACGUAGUGUGGAAGAUGAAACUUCCACCGAUUGUCACAACAACAAGGACUGUAUGCUGCUCAAGUACGGAAAACCUUCAACGGUAAAAGUUUCCUCCGCCUAAGAGAUGGUGCCCUUGACCGUUCCGAAUAACAAGAUACUUUCGGCAGGCAAUCGUGGGUGGUAGAAAUCUCACUACAUGAGACGAUGGCGAAACGAUCAAACGGACUACGAGUGGAACUCUCCCUAGGACAAGAAACACGCCAGGCUAAUUAACAACUAAUGACACUACCUUUUUCGGCAUGAUGGAAAUAUGGCUAACCCACUUUGGACCAACGGAAACUGGAAUACGAAAUUUAUCAAUAUCAUUAUUAUUAUAACAGAGCUGCAUAAGGAAAAAAAAUAUAUUUCUCCGUAUUUUCAUUAAGAUAAAAAUUUGGGAAUGGAAUAUUAGAAUUAGAGAUAUGAAAAAUAAAGUGAACAAAUACAAAUUACUCACACAUUAAGCAUGUUUAAUGAAAUUCGAAUACAAAUUUUCCCGUUUGCAUGUAGUUUGGAAAAUGUUUAAAAUAUCUCUAGAUGUAGUGUAUCAGACAACUACCGUUGCAAGGAAAAAAUAAUAUCAGACAUUUUAUUGCAUAAACAUAAGGACUAACUCUACCUAUAGUAUAUUUAAAGUUUCCUAGUUAUUGAAAGGUCAUAUCACAAUGACUUGUAGUAUUGACACUAGCAGUAAUAUUUUAACAUAACAGCGACAAAAUGCGAUAAGACUACGGUUCAGAGGUAAAAAAUUAAUACUAGAUAAUGAGAAACAAAAAAAAAUACAUUCUAUAUAUUCCCAUCAAGACAAAACAAGCAUAGUAAUAUAUUUAUCUCCAACAAUAUGGUCGUUAAGCAAACCCACAAUAUGCAUAAAUAUCCAGAUGGUGUUGAUUUACACAUCGCAAAGUUUCAAGCAAAACAAAAAAUCAUAAAAAAUCCGCACAAAUCAAAAUUGUUUAAGGCUCAAAGUUUAAAAUUCGUUCAAACACUUAAGUCUCUCAAUUUUUUCGAACUGUUGGUUUCAACCGAUUGUAAUUACUUUCAACAUUGUCCAAAAACCGAGCUGAGUUUUCUUCCGAUAUCAACAAUUUCCAUUCGAUAACUCGCAAAAGCAACUACAACAACUCAGCCCACCAAUGAUAAAGUUAGUAAAUCGAAGCAAAACAAAAAAAAAUACAUACAAACACAAAAACCGAAAAAAAAAAUUAUGAAGUUCCGAAGAGAGAAGGGGGAAAGCAAUGAUGCAGUUGAUGACGAUUUUCAAAUAAAAGAAGCUUUUGGUUGGAAAAAACGAAACAAACAAACAUUUUUCUGUUCAAAUCUGGCGAUCAUUUCAUUAAAGUUUGGAUUCAUGUUGAAUGAUUUUGCGGAAA